AUGGAGAGAAAGAACACAGCCUGGAAUCUAGACUUCUGUAAAAUAGACAACUCCAACUUUUCUAAAACAGGCAUACUCCAUGGACAGAUGAUGAAUGGUACAUGCAUUAUUUUCAUUUGCAACAGAAAUCCUAAGCUGGAGUGGUACUGUUAUUUGCUGAUUCUGGUUUGCCUUUUCACUUUAUUAACAGGAUUUCUAGGCAAUGUACUUGCACUACGACACUAUGUUUACUGCAUGAAGACAUGGACGACCAAUACCAUAUUUCUGUUUAAUUUAGCACUGUGUGACUUUACUUGGACUCUCAUGGCACCUUUUUCAGUAUAUUAUAAUGUCCAGAAGUUUGCCAUCUAUUUCAGUCAAACAUUUUAUGAGAUCAUAGGACUAUUUUUUAGUAUUAAUAUCUACGGAAGUGUGUAUUUCCUGACACUCAUCAGUUUUGACAGAUACAUAGGUGCUGUUCAUCCCAUCAGCUCAUUAACAUGGUGGGACAAGGAAAAGGCUGUGUUUUGCACUAUUGGGGUAUGGAUCUUCAUCGCAAUUGCAUCUGGGCCUGAGAUUUACUACAUAGUUGCAGAAGCUAGAAAACAGCAUGACAUCAUAAAUUACCUGGAUAACACUGAAGAACCAUUGCAAUUUGCCGUGCCAUUCACACUCUCCAAAUUUCUGCUGAGAUUCCUAAUUCCAGCCACAGUCAUCUUUACAUGCUAUAUGUUGACACUCAAAGCAUUACUACAAUUCAGUAAACGUCAGCAAGGAAGGAACAGACUUGUUAGGCCUCUGUUACUGAUUUCAGCUGCUAUGAUUGUGUUUGCUGUUUCUUUCAUACCUUACCAUGUUAUGAUGAUGGUGAUACUAAUUUACAGAAUUAAUUGCCAACAACCCUGUGGGAACAUAAGCACAUUAAGCGCCAUUUACAAAGUCACAGAGAUCAUCUGCAGCACCAACAGUUGCCUUGACCCAAUCAUUUUUACAAUAGCAAAUAAGACAUUCUGUCAAAGAAUUAAAAGUAUAAAAUGUCAUCCCAAAUGCCAGUACUGCUGUUGUCUGAGAGGAAGGGUAAGGGACAUCACUCUGUCCCUGAGAACAAUGACUUAA